AUGAAUCUCAGAAUUGGCAACAGAUCCACGUCAACUGCAAGUGCCGCUAUGAAGUCCUUCGCCGCCGUCUCCGACCAGUUUCCGGCAGGCCUGCGGGUUCUUUUGGUGGAUGCUGAUCCCACGUGCCUCAUGUUCCUUGAGAAGCAGCUGCGCACAUGUCUCUAUCAAGUUACGAAAUGCAGUCGAGCUGAGACUGCACUCGCACUCCUCAGAGACAACGAAAAUGGGUUUGACAUCGUUAUGAGCGAUGUACAUAUGCCAGAAAAUGACAUGGACGGAUUUAAACUUUUACAGCACAUUGUGUUGGAGAUGGACCUUCCAGUUAUAAUAUUUUCUGCAGAUGAUGAUAAAAAUGUUGUUAUGAAGUGUCUAACACAUGGUGCUUGUGCUUAUAUAAUCAAACCUGGCAAAAUGGAUGUUUUUAAAAACAUAUGGCAGCAUGUGUUUCGCAAGAAAAUGAAUGAGCAGAAACAUACAGAUUACUCAUCCACAUCAACGAAGCCACGGCUUGUUUGGUCUCCUGAGCUUCAUCGACAGUUUGCGGCUGCUGUGAUUGAACUGGGGGUUAACAAUGCUGCUCCUAAAAAAAUUCUGGAAUUGAUGAACGUCCAUGGUCUCACUAGAGAUCACGUUGCCAGCCAUCUCCAGAAAUACCGUUUGCGUCUUCAAAGGGGGAGUGGAGUUUCUCCGCACCAGAGUAACUUCAACUCCUUUCUCCGCCCACAAGCAGGAGUCCCAAUGCCUCUCAUGGAUCAAAGAUUUGAAAUCCCCAGGUUAGAAUUUGGAGGAGGGCAACAACAAAAUUUAAGUAGUAGUAAACCGAUGAUCUUACUUCACGAAAUACCCACCAACACGGAGCUAAAACAGUUUGCCAUUUUGCACCAGUUUACCCAGUUCCUUGGUAACAUAAAUAUGCAAGUCAAUGCUUGUGCUACACAGAGCAAACCCUUAUUGCAGCUGAUGACACAAUCCCAACCUAGAGGUACUUCAGGUACAAGCAGUAUCACAAAGAAAGGCCCGUUUCAGCAGGAAGGUACUUCCGGAAUGAAAGGACCUGAUGGAUUUCCAAGUUAUGAGAUAUUGAAUGAACUGCACCAUCAGAAGUCCCAUGAUUUGGACGCAACAAACCCAUGCCUGCCUUAUGUUGCCUCCCAGCAUGCAAAUUUACAAGGUUACAUUGACGUCUCACCGUCAGUUUUAGUCCAACAGGGCUAUUCUUCUUCCCAACAGACUGGACAAAGCAGAGAUGCCGCUUUGAUUGGAAAAAAUAUGUUGUCCCUUGGAGAAUGCUUGAAACAUGACAAUCUACAAAAUGCUAGUCAACACCUUAAUGAGCUUCCUGUUGACGAUCCAAUAAGGGCUACGGCUGAAAUUAAUCUCAAUGCAAUCCCCAAGACUAACCUGAACACUGAGCAUAAUGGAGAAGAGGAUCUUAUGAGUGCACCUCUGAAACAGCAAGAAGGCCCAACUGAGUAGGGUUUUGAGCUUUGAUGGAUGGCU